AAUCAUAGACGGUGAUAUUUCGGUAGCAAAUGAACUAGGAAAAAGAAAAAGACCAGAAGAUAAUAUACCAGUAAUUGAAAUCAGAGGUGAAGGAAAACCCAUGACUGCUGCACAAAUUCGACAACUGGAAGAGGUUUCGAAUGGAGGACCACUUGACAUUAAAGUGGAAAAGACUUGGCGUCCACUUGGAUGUCCUCGGGCUGCAAAGCGGAAAGACUUCAUAACUUUUCAUUAUAAAGCGUUUACCGAAUCGGGAAAGAAAUGCGAUCAGAGUUAUGGUCGACAACCUAUUCGUCUACAGCUUGGUGUGGGAAUGGUACUACCUGGAUUAGACAAAGGAAUGAGAGGAAUGUGUAAUACAGAAUUGAGAAAAAUUCAAGUUCCAUAUAGAUUAAGCAGGAAACGAAAAAGCAGAGUAUGGAAAAAUAUUCCAAACGAUGAACAUUGGCUAACAUUUAAUAUCGAAAUGCUAAAUGUUGAAGAAUGGUCAAUGAAUUUACAAUUCCAGUUUAUGGAUUUGAAUAAUGACAGUAAAAUUACAGAGGAUGAAGUAAUUAAUUUCCAAGAAAAAAUAAAGAAAGAUUUCGGAAAGACAUGGAGUAACAAUGAUAUCGAUCAAGUUAUCGCUGCAAGAUAUUAUAUAAGAUAUUUCGAUAUAAAUGGUGAUUAUAAAGUUGAUUUGGAAGAAUAUAGUCGAGUUAUGCAAAGAGAUAUGUCAACAAUGGAAGCAAAGGCUAAAAAUAUAAAACCGGAGGGUAGAAAAAGAGAUCCAUCAAUUGCUUGGAUUCUAGAUUUUAAUAAUGAUGGCAUUGUAUCCGUUGAGGAAAAUGAUGAAGCAGCAGAAAUUUUGGAAAAUGGUCCAAGCAUAUUACCGAUAUUUUCCAAAGAUGAAUUAUAA